CAUGACGAUGGACGAGAACCUGGACAGCGGCUCCACCGUGGGGCUGUGGGGCAAGCUGGUGCGCGCGGCGCGGGGGCUGCACUACCCCGCGCUGGCGCAGCUGCUGGCGAGAGCUCCUUCCAUCUGCCCUAAAGCCACGUGAGUACUGCUCACUGACCACCUCACAUAACACUACGUGCAGGCAUGACGAUGGACGAGAACCUGGACAGCGGCUCCACCGUGGGGCUGUGGGGCAAGCUGGUGCGCGCGGCGCGGGGGCUGCACUACCCCGCGCUGGCGCAGCUGCUGGCGAGAGCUCCUUCCAUCUGCCCUAAAGCCACGUGAGUACUGCUCACUGACCACCUCACAUAACACUACGUGCAGGCAUGACGAUGGACGAGAACCUGGACAGCGGCUCCACCGUGGGGCUGUGGGGCAAGCUGGUGCGCGCGGCGCGGGGGCUGCACUACCCCGCGCUGGCGCAGCUGCUGGCGAGAGCUCCUUCCAUCUGCCCUAAAGCCACAAAGCACAUGCUAGACGCCCUUCCCUACAUAGCGAGCGCCGGCUCCGUCGAGCUCAUCAAGGACAUGGUACUUCGUGAAGCCGUCGACGCCAACACCAGACACGAGUGGCUCAUGUCCAUGGCCAUGAUACCGAGACCGAAGAAAGAGAUGUUGACCAGUAUGUUGGAACUGCUGAAGAGACAGCCAGGCGAUCAGGUCAUCAGCUUCACCGUGUCUUCAAUGGUACACUCCUACUGCAAACACAGCGGCAAAUCUCUACGGGAAUGCUGCGAAGAAGAGACGCCCAAGCUGAUAAUGGAAGAGUUCCAGAACAUAGUCAAGGAGGUUGACAACAAGGAUCUGGCUACCGCAAAGAGAGCAGUUAGAAACAAAGUUAAAAUAGCAAUCAAAGCACUGGGCAACAUCGGCGGCUUCAAGCAGGAGUUCACAGACGUACUUAUAAACAUAGUGGGCGACGAGCUGGUCCCGGUUCCCAUCAGGCUGGCGGCCGUCGACGCUUUCCGGAGGACGCCUUGUGUGGAAACACGUGAAUACUUCCUAGAGACGUUCCGCGAAGACUACGUGAACAUCGAAGUGCGCAUAGCGUCUUACUUGCAAGUGAUGAAGUGUCCCACCUUGAGUAUAGUUAGGAAGAUCUACCACGCCGUGAGGAACGAGAAGGUCAAUCAAGUGGCAACAUUCGUCUGGUCCCAUCUCAACAACUUAGGCCAAUCAUCCUUGCCGUCCAGAGUGGAAAUCCAGGGUCUGCUCUCUGGUAACCCCAUGCCUCAGUUAGAAGACCAGCCUGAUUUCAGGAUGUUCUCGCGAAACUACGAACAGAGCGUGUUCUUCGACCAGUAUAAUGCGGGUGGAAACUACGAAGCGAACGUAAUCUUCUCGCCGGAUUCGUACAUACCACGUUCAGUGUCUCUCAACUUGACUGUCGACAUGUUUGGGGAAUCCAUCAAUAUUCUUGAGCUAAAAGCCCGCGCCGAAGGCUUCGAGCGCUACUUCGAGAACCUCUUCGGCAACAACGGACCGCUCAGCAAGACCAAACUGAACGACCACCUCCAAAACCUUCGCUUCCUCCGCUCGCUCACCGAGGCCGACGACGUGCGCGGGAAAGUCGACGACAUCCCGUACAAGAAUGAAGCGCUUAAGCACCAGUUUCCUAUGGCGGAGUUGGGGGUGAAAGUGUUCGGGAAUGAGAUUUCGUAUUGGAACGCGGAGGGGAAUGAUGAGAUUGUGAAGAGCUUGGAGAGGCUCAAUCCGCAGUUGAGGAUUUUGGAAAUAUUGUCUGGAAAGGAAAUAUCCUACAACAAGGCAUCUCUAUUCCUUGACACCACAUUCUCAGUGCCCACCGGUUGUGGUCUGCCUCUCAACAUGAACCUAAUGGGGACCAGCUACGUCAAUACUAAACUAUCAGGCACCAUGCUAGACAAGUUUAGACAGAGCGGAAACCUGGAUUUUGAGGGCAAGAUACAUCCCAGCGUCGCUGUAAACAUAGCCGCAACAAUGUCAGUGAACGCCGGCGACCUCAGCUCAAGCGGCAUCCGCGUGAACAUGCGCCUCUACACCGCCACCGCCGUCGAGGCCAAGCUCAACAUCCGCGGCCUUGGUCUGGUCAGGCUUGAUUUGUCUCUGCCCAGUGAGAAGAGAGAAAUAUUCGCUGCCAAAUCUGAGCUGAUAAUCCUCCACGGCGACGAAGAGUUGCAGCAGCAGGGGCUGAACACCAACAAAAUAGAGCAGAACACCUGCAGCUGGUCCGCCUUCGACAAGGGCAUUGGCAUUAAAGUCUGCGCCUCCUAUCGGUUCCCAGACAUGACGAACCUGAAGGACGCGCCGUACUUCAUAAUGAGCGGGCCGGCCAAGUACGUCCUGUCGCUCGAGAAGGCCGACCCGUCCGCCAAGAUAUACUCCUUCCAGUACAAGUGGGACAAGAACCAGACCGGUGACGUCAUCGCCUUCACUUUCGACACUCCAGACAGCCAGGAGAAACGCAUGAUCGACGCGGUCCUGAACCUGUCCAACACGGAAACCAACACGUCCUACACCGCCAGCCUUACCUUCCAGUCUGCCAAAAACACCCUCAAAGCCAAGGGAGCCUACCUUAACACCGCCAACGUGAAGUCAGUCGAAGCCAGUCUGGUCAUAGAUGGGAGGAAGCAUUUCGAUACAAUCAUGUCGUUGAAGAAGACUGACAUCAUGUUUGGAUAUGUGUGGUUGCCGAAGGCGUACUGGGUUGUGAACGAUGAGAAAAUUGCUGAGUUAACUGGCCAAUUCAAAGUACGCACUAAAGGCGGCGUCACACAAGCGGACAUCCUAGUGGACUUCCACAUGCGCCAACAAGCCAGCCACCUCGUCGGCUACUACACCAUCAACGGACUCUCGCACGGACUCCAACUGACUUUAGACUACCAGAGCUACAAGAACAGGACUCAGACGAUUAAAUUAGAGGGCUUGUAUAGCGAGCGACCGCUGGCCAAUAGACAUGAUUUGUACGGAGAACUGGCGAUGGAAUUCACGGCGUAUCCUAUGUAUAACUUCUUUGCUGUUUUAAGGAAUAUGAAAUCCCCAACGCAUUUAGACAUGAGCUUCAACGUGUCUUCCUCCAGAGACCCGGCCAUAGAGCCGUCGCUGACGUUCGGCUACACGCGCAUCGACACGCCGCUCGGCGUGAAGUUAGCCACACAUCUCACCGUCACCAAGCCGAGGCCUGUGCGGAUGAUAUUCGAAUAUCAGGAGGUCGGCAAGAAAUAUACAGUAGUGGCCCUUCUAAACGUCAACCCGAAAUCAAAGGAUAUUCUCGUUUCGGGUGCUCUGUACUACCCGCCCGGUACGAAGUUGUUCGCGACUGCAGAAUUAAAUACUUCCCUACCGACGCUACACGACUGCUCUAUCAAGGCGAAGGUGCAUGAGAAGGAAGAUAAGGAAUUCCAGGUGAACGCAGCAGGCGUCUGGUUCACGGGCGUGGAUUUCAACAUCGACGCGCUGUAUCAGGACCAGUCCAAAACCAAUAUGGCGUCGCACCGGCUCAAGCUGAUACUGAACAGCAACCACUUCAAGGAUAUAGCUGUCGACGCCAGGUUCACGCAGGAUAACAGGCAGCUCACUUUUGUUGGACAGGGCGAAUACAACGAAGACAAAUACAGAACCCUGCUCCGCUACGUGCUACUCUCGGAACAGAACUUCACCACAUACGUAGAAGUCGACGCGAACGACAAAGCGUACAGUUUGACCCUCAAUGCGGACCUUACUAACAACACUGACGUUUCCAUGGACGUACACUUCGACCAACUCCGCGACGUCCACGUGUCCUACAAGCGCUGGCUCACCCCCCGCCAGAAGCGGCUCAGCGCCGCCUUCAACUGGGACGCGAACCGGGACCCCUCGCAAAAGGUGUCCAUCGACAUACAGCUGGAUAAUAAGGGGACGUGGCACCAUGGAGGGUACCUUACGCUGUAUUACCCUAACAGGAUGGUUAAUGGAGAGUUUGAGUUCUUAUUGAAAGAUUGGUUCUGCGAAUGGCACGUCCGUAUGGGCUGGGCUCCCGAAGCCAAUGUACUGUGGCGCGUCAAAAUGUACUCCGAGGCCAAACAGGAGACAGUCUACGCUCUGCUGUCUAGUAUGGACACCCCAUUCGCUGGCUGGAAGGACACUAGCUUCAACGUUAUGUGGCGUUACCACGACAACCUGCAAGCCGUGAACGGCAGCAUGAACUGGAUGGAGGACUACUUGGCGUUCAGCCUCCUAGCCGACUACCUGUUCAAAACCAACGAGUUCUACGGAGAGUUGAAUGCGGUGGUCAACUCGACUAUACCUACGUUGCCUAAGGCUGCAGCCAUCGCUAAACAUAGAGUGGUUUGGAAAAAGAGUGCGGAUACAUUACUAAGUUUUCAGUACAACGAAGAGGGUAUGCUGAUGAUAAACUCGUCGUGGCUUCUGGAGCGCGGACGGCAGGAGAACAACAUCACAGGCACGGUCACCCUCAUCACUCCCUUCCAAGGAUACAGAAGCGGAUUCUUAGACACAAAACUCGUAUUGGGACACAAGAGAGACAUCAAUGGCGUCACUUUAUUGAAUUUAGAAGAGAAGAAGCGAAAGAUCUUCGUUAAUGGUCACAUGCGGCGCAUCACAAAUUGCAUGUUGGUAGUAAAUGUGACAGAACCAGCUGCGGCAGAGGCCUCUCACAUCCUCACAGCCAGAUUUGGCUUCGUGGAGGCCGACAGACAUCUUGUAGCCAUGGUGGUCACGGCUAACACUACCACAGGUCUUGAAAUUUUAUUAAGGCUGAUUUCUACGCAAGACUUCCACGUAUUUGGACAUGUCGCUCUCCCCAUACAGUACCUCACCAGAGCCAUGGUCACCGCAAAACGGGGGAAAGAGGAAGUGGACUUCCGAGUAGGCUGGGCCUCCAUGGACUUCGGCUUCACGGGCAUCUGGCACUACCGCUCGCCCGUCACCUUCGUGUACGUGUACAAGCUGUACACUCCGCUAGAAGGGUUCGAAGAGAACGGGCUGGUGCUGAAGAACAUAUAUGGAGAUGGACUGGACUUGGAACUGUCUAUACGAUUGUCCACACAUAAGUUCGGCAUAGCAGUUCUAUUCCUAGACGACGGUCAAGGCAUCAUAGACGUACUGAGAGAACGUUUCCAUCCCACGAGACCGCCCCGCGAUGACGUCAUCAUUGAGAACUUCGAUACCACGGCUAAAGUCACCUUGGACACGCUGUACUACCCUACUGUGACCUUCCACGCGCAUAUUAUGAAGUAUGUUGGCAUGGACGAGGAGGACAUAUUGGAACUGAAUGCGACGCUGCAUCUGCCUGACAAACCUGCGAUCGUCCUUACUGACACAUUCGUCUUGGUGGGUUUGUCUGAAAUGACGAACACGCUGAACCUGGUGACUCCGUUCCCGGCCGUGCGAGAGCUGAAAUCAGUAUACACCGUGGACAUCACCAUCGGAGAGAGGUUCAACAUUACGUGCUUGGCCUUGUUGUCUAACGGCACUUAUUGGCACGAGAUAUCCUCAAAAAUGUACUACGAAUACGAGUCCGGCGAGGACAACGCGUACCGCUCGUACGUGGCGUCGCUCGGCAUCAUCACGCCGCUGCGCCAGCUGCGGGCGCUGGAGGCGCGCGUGGCGGCGCGCCUGGAGGACGCGCUGUGGAAGAUGAGCGCCGCCAUCGCCAUGCCGGAGUGCACCAUCAACGCGGUCGGGCGGCUCGAGUUGGACGACCCCUUCAUAGAGACAUCGGGCAGUCUCAACUUAACAUCAGAGUAUCUUGAAGACUACUUCGUGCAGAUGCAGUUUAAGAAGGACUUCGCUGAUACGGAGAAUACCGUCGGCGGUGGCAUUCAGAUACAACAGGGAGAGCAGAAUAAUUACUUUUUCGCGACAGCCAUCUGGCACCCGUCGCCGGAGCGCUACGUGCGCUUCACGGGCCGCUCGGCGCUGCACUCCGUGCUGCCGCCGGCCGACGCGGCGCUGCUGUACCGGCUGGAGGGCGGCGCGCGCCUGCUCGACGCCGACCUCAACUGCGACACGGCGCACUACUCGCUGCGCGCCGACCAGCGUCCGUCUUCGCUCAGCGUCGCUUUAAGCACACCACAUGAAAACUACCAAACCAUGAAACUAAUAGGCGAAGUGGACAACGAGAUUGUCACCGGGUCGUUCGUCACGGACACCACGGAAUACGGCAUUUCUGGACAAGUCCUCAACCGAGAGUCACUCGAGUUGUCACUAACAUUGGUCCCGAAAGGCCAAGGCGCCCCGCUGACGGUCCGCAUGAAGACGGAGUCGUCCGCCAGCCUGUACGCGGUGUCGGCGCAGCUGGCCGGCGCCGUGGCCGCCACCGUGCGCGCGCGCGCCGAGCUGCAGGCCGACUACACCGACCUCAGCGCCACGAUUGACAUGCCCGAAUCGAAAGGCAAGGAGUACUACUUCAAGUCGCGCGUGGACUCGUACCCCGAUCUCCGACGCGUCAUGAAAAUAGACGCCGUCACUCCGAUCAAACGGCUCAGCUCGAUCAAGGCAGACUCCGAUUUCCUUUUCGGUCCGAAAACUGGUUAUCUUACAUGCAAAUACGACUUGCCAGACAUGAAGGGGAAUGGAGACCUAAAGUGGAGUUUCCUGAUUGGCGAUCUGUAUAUAAAGGCACUAGGCAAGCAGAACCUCAAAGAUAUUAAGAAAAGCGUAGACCUGGACAUCUACUUCGGUAACAGCACUACCCCAGAGGGACUCUUAAAGAACGAUGCCGGGUUCAAAAUGGAUCUCGACCACAUUUGGCAAAUCGGUGCAAACGCGUCCUUCGGUCUCGCUAUGAACCAACGAAUCAAGCUCAUCAUCAAUGCAAUCCUGCCAAAACCUAACCUGGAUGUCCAUACGAUCUACGUCGAUGGCAGCGUGACCGGCCCUCGAGGUGAAGGAAAGGACUUAGUAGCCGAAUAUAGGACUGAUGUUACUGGCAUUCUUACUGGCUUGAGAGGCAACAUGGUCCUCCAGGACACCAACUUCGACGGCAACGCGACCGUUUUCUGGACGACCGAGGACCGUCAGCACAAGACCAUCAACAACCUCGUCAACUACCGCUGGGACAUGAACGAGACGCGCGAACUCAAAUACGUGCUGAGCAGCCCGCUGUACGUCCACGAGGCCACGCUGGACCUGUACGGGAUCUACGAGAAGGACUUCGUGCAUGGAUACCAGAUUGUCAAAGGAGAGAUGCACUACCCGGGCACCAGUAAGGUUGGUGAAGUGGACAUCCGCUACGGAGGGUUCCGGCACACGGACGGACACUUCAACGUCACCACGCCCUUCCAGCGGCUGCCGUGGCUCAAAUCUAUAUUUACCAUCAACAACCUGGAAGAGCAAUCGGACAACCACGUGGACUUAUUCUGGCCGAACAAGACCGCCGCGGUGAACACAACGCACACAUACACGAAAGAACCCGCUAGCUUCAGGCAGGCGGGUGUUGUUUCCAUCUCGCUUCCUCUUGCGAGGCAGCAUCUUGUCAACACCGACUAUGUCUACGUACAGGGUGAAAAAGAGAGCACCGGCAACGCGACUGUAGACUUCGACCUCGAGCGUUUCGUCCAAGCAUCCUUCAGGCAGAUACUGAGCAAGAGCUCCAGAGACCUGGACUUGGCCACCACCGACAUCGAGGUCGUCAAUGACCGCAUGCCGGUCGGCGUCAAGUAUAUACACGAGUAUGAUGACACUGGUAACACUGAUGUUAAACAAGCGACCGUCUUCCACCUGCAAAACGCCACGCGCUUCAACGUGACCGGCGUGAUGGACGUGUUCACGUACGAGGCCGGCAAGAAACUCAAGCUGACCGCGAUACACGGCAACAGGACGUUGACCUUCGAGAACGAGUAUGAAGCGAUCGACAAGGAGCUUAAACAGGGCAGCAAGAUUAAGUGGGCGGCGGAUACUUGGAUUAAUUAUGAUUUGCACGUGACUAAUAUGACCUCGGCGGAGACCGAAUCGCAGCAGCUAAUAAUGAACGUCUGGUACCCGCUCCGCACCUUCAACCUCGUCGGCAUAUACCGACUACAAGACACACUUCUCGACGGCAAAGCUGUUCUCAACUGGAACGUCCGAGAUGAGAACAAGACAGCGGAACUGAGGGGCAAGUGGGAGAAUCCGCCGGCCGAGGAGGGGAACGUACACGCUGUAGAUCUGGCACUCUCUCAUCCGUCUUUUAGAAAGGACGUGACCCUGAAAGGCACCUACAUCACCACCCCGUCCGUCAUGUCCAACCUGUCCGCGGAGCUGCAGUACUCCGACUACGACAACGAGUACCUCCGCCUGCGCUCCGUCCUCACCGACAACUCCAACGGACCCAUCAGAGACUACAAAUUCGCGCUCAAGUGCACACACCCGUCGACUAAUCUGGACUUGGACAUGAAGUCGGAUAUAAAUAUACAUAGUCGGUGGUAUUAUCUGAAUAAUUACUACAAGUUCCAGAAGACGUUGUUCUAUGAGAAGCUGAGGAGCACGAAGUUUUUGAUGGAUAUGAAUAAGAGUUCGGUGCAGUGGGAGCGCGCAAACGAAACAUACUAUUACAAAGUGAACGGUAAAUGGGACCUCACAUACCCGGAUUAUCGCAUUUUUGCACGCGUCAACAAGCCCACCGGCAACGACACUGGACUUGCCACACUUUCUAUGAAGGACCUGAGUUUGAUUGGACACUACAACAGUACUGAUGAUAUAUCCUACCACGUGGUAGGUAUGAUCGUCGACACCCGCUCAGCAAAAAUGAACGCGUGGCGAAACUUCGACGACGUCACCACAGUGGAUCUCGCAUCCUACAUCCGCCUCAACCACUCCCGACUCCUCACCAGCUCCAUCAUCUGGCGACCCACCAUCUUCAGCGAGAUCAAGCAAUCUGCUGUCUACAGUCUCAAAUACAUGUACAGCCAAAUCAAUGAGACCCUGGUCAUACUUAAAGAAGCGCCCAUGGAAUCCCAUUUGGCGUUGAGAAAUAUUUGGAACGAUGCUAAACCAAGAAUACGCGAUUUCCUUGAUGAUUUAAAUGACUUACACGUAAUUAAAGAUGAUUUGGACACAUUCGAACAGUACUUAAAUGAGUCCUAUAACGCGAAUGACUUUUACGUUAAAGAUGUAGUUGAAUUCACUUAUUACGUUUUAGACGAAAUGGCGAUUAGAAAUCAUUUAGAAAGUCUCCCAGGAAUCGUGAAUGACAUGUGGGGUAUGAUGGGCAAUACAAGCCAGUCUAUAAAACAGAGCUUGACAUACGUCGUAGAUACAAUCAAAAUGGCUUAUUCGAAUUUCUUAGAUUCCGCUAACAAGUUUUUGGACGCCGAUUUCAUGGAUUUAGUAUCAUCAAGGCUUGAAUCUAUGAUAAUGCAAUAUGAUACCUUCGUGAGAGACUUACAUAUGAAGUUGUUGGAGUAUUGGGAGUCUACUUAUGUGAAUGCGACAACUAGACUUGCCAAAUACUGGCAUCAGCUGCUGAAGUCCAUGGAGCCCCUGUUCUUCAAGGUCCUGCAUUACACUGAAUCGUUUGUGUUCACCGUGUGGAGGGGAAUCAUGGAUUUCUUCUAUAAGCGGCAACAGGAGUUGACGGACAAUCAUUACUUUAAUUAUGUGUCGACGUUUGGACAGGAAAUGGACAAAAUCUACAAGGAUUUGACGACCAACGACCUCCUGACGAACAUCAAGAAGUACAGCAGCAAGUUCUGGAACGUGAUCUGGGGCAAGAUCGAGAAGUACAUCCCCUUCAAAGAAGAAUUCGUUCAACUAUACGCCGAGUUUAAAAACGGCUGGGAGAACUUCUUGAAGACUCAGCAGGUCGUUUAUGUGAGGGAAAAGUACAAGGAAGCCUACGAACGUCUGAAAUGGUGGUACGACUACUUCAUGAUCGGCGAGGCGUGCGACAAGAUAUUCGACAUCGUCUACGACAAGGUCACCGACAUGGCCAAGACUGCGCUGCAGUACGAGGAACUCCACCGCACACCAAAGACCAACUUCAUCUUCGACCCCCGCAAAGGCGAGAUCCUCCUGGAACAGAAGCUGCCCAUGUCCUGGCACGCCUUCAACCGGAGCCCCGACUUCUCCGAGGUCCCCGAGUACCGCGCCGUGAGGGACUUCAUGGAUGAAUGGCUGACCACGAACAAGAGCAUCUGGUCAUACUACUACGAGAUACGCCCGUAUAUGGACAUUAACAACGUCAUGCCGCCGUUCGGAGGCAUGGCAAUGAUGACUGGACAGGGUACGCUGGUGACCUUCGACAAGCGAGUGUUCACCAUAUCGGAGCCGGGCACCUUCCUGCUGACUAAAGACUACAAGCAGGGUAACUUCACCGUGCUGAUGGAGAGCAACGACCAGGGACGGUACAACCUGGUGAUACUCACUAAGAAGAACUUGAUACACAUCGAUUUAUAUAAGGAGCAAAUAUCAAUCGGACGUUCAGUGCCUCUCAACCUACCAGCAGUUGUAGACGAAUACGUGGUCGACCGCAACUCGGAGACCCUCGCCGUGGAGUCGCAGAACGGGCUGGACAUACAGUGCAACUUCAUGUUCCACACCUGCAAACUGCAGGUCACGGGGUGGUAUUACGCAACCCUCGGUGGCCUCCUCGGCACCUACAACAACGAGCAAUACGACGACCUGCAGCUCUCCAACAACACGUUCGCCACCUGCAUCUCCGACCUGGGUCACAGCUGGAGUCUGGAACCUUCCACCGGCCUCGUACCCGUCGAAAACCACGAGGCCAAAAACGAUACGGCUUGCGAGAAGUUCUUUAAGAAUAAGGUGUCACCGCUGCAUCCUUGCUUCGCUGUGAUCGACGCCGCGCCGUUCUUAACAGAAUGCCUGUCAGGCGUGGAGGCGUGCGCACUCGCCUCCGUGUAUAUGGAGCUAUGUACGCAACAACACAUACCGACGCACAUCCCCGACCACUGCGUGCAAUGCACAGCCCCUCAAGGCGAGGUGGUUGAAGAAGGCUCGUUCUACACGCUGAAGCACGUGCCCAACUCCACCGACGUGGUUUUCCUGCUGGAGUCUCACGCUUGCAACAAGAACCUCAGGAAGAAGAAGAACAUGGACCUGUUCGUGGAGGCUUUCGAGCUGAAACUGCAAUCUGCCGGACUUUUCGACAACAGAUAUGCGGUGGUGGCGUACGGCGGGCGCGGCGUGUACAAGCGUGCACGAGCGCUCUACGUCGGCAACCAGCUGUUCGCCAGCAACUACGACAUCGUGCGACACUUUGACGCCUUCAACAUUGAAAAAGUGGAUCUAAUGAAAACCAACAGAACACUCCGUCCGGACGUAUUCUCGGCCUUAAGUUUCGCGACCACAUUACCAUUCCGAGUGGGAGUGGAACGAACCAUCAUCAUGCUGCCCUGCUCACGCUGCGACCUGCUUGCCAUGCGGCUGGAUUACUCGACCAUCCACCACAACCUGAUGGAGAACUCGGUGACCCUUCACAUUCUGAUGGACGACGACUUUAUGCUCUAUAAGAAACGAGCGGCUAAGAAUUUGUAUGGCGUGGACAACGCGGUAGCGUACACCAACAAAGACUAUGAGGAGCUUGUAGGCGACGCCGCGCUGCGCAAGCAAGUUAAACUACCCAAGGACAAGCUGGGGCUGUGCACGUCCCUCGCCAUGGAGACUAACGGCACAAUAUUCUCUGGCAAGAAGCUGCAGGGCGACCGCGGGCUGGCGCGGCGCCUGGCCACGGUGCUGGGCGCGCGCGCCGCGCUGUCGGCCGCGCCCUGCGCGCGCGCGCCGCGCUGCGAGUGCCGCGCCUCCGCGCUGCACUGCCGGCCCUGCCACGCUAACGAACUCGGUCUCGCAUUCUGGAACCAAGAUGACUUCGACGAACUGAUCGACCUCUCCUUGGACCAGUCGCUGCCCGCGCUCAGAUGACAACUUAGUAAUAAGAUUGACGAUCGUAGUUAAUAUGAGACCGUACGGUACUUUGUGUACAUAUUUUAAUAUUUUAUACUUCAGUGUAAUGUAGCUUGUAACAACAAUAUAGUAAAUUAUUUUUGUUAAUUCAA